CAUUCCAGCUUACUCUAAACACUUGAGAUCAGACUCACGUAACGCAUACACGCAUGGCUUCCAUAUCGCCCCGAACACCAGAUUUCCAGGAACAGUGAAGGGGUUUUGAUUAUUGUUUAUUGCAAGCCUAGCUUGCUGUAACGUGGAGUAGAACAUCAAGUGACCAUGAACGACACCGACACGUACAGCCCCGAGCUGCUGGGAGUCACUGCCGCAGGUGCUUUCCUCAUCGCCAUCGUCGGUACUUCAGGGAAUUUACUGGCUGUAGUAGCACUUCUGCAGAGCACCACGCUCCGGCAGAAUCCCUCCACUGCCUUUAUGAUCAACUUGCCCGCCUGUUUGCUGCCCAUCUGUGCCAUAAGCAUGCCCCUGUUUGGCACAGGCUGUCUGCAACAGAAACUCUACGGCCGCGUCCUGAUUUCAGAAAGGUGUGCAGAAAUUUUCUUCACGAUGGGCUUCACUCUGAGUCAAGUGCACCUCCACACCAUCUGUGCCUUGGCCUUCAAUAGGUUCCUGGCAGUGAUGUGGCCGGCAAAGUACAAGCAAUUAAUGCAAAAACGGAAAGUGCGACUGUAUCUGGGAUUGUUGUGGCUGUACUCGGUGCUGCUGUGGCUUCCACUCGCCUUUGGGGCACUUGGAGGGCUCAAGUACGACCCUAAGGAGCUAAUGGCUUCCAUGGAUAACUCUCAAGGCAAAGUCCAGAAGGGUUUCCACGUUUUCUUUACGUACAUGCUUCCGAUCCUGUUCACCAGCAUGUGCUACAUCAUUAUGUACAUCAAGGUACGAUACUCACGGAGGAGCAGACAGGUUCGUGCUGCUAGAAAGAACGUUGCGAAUGUCGAUGAUGAUGCAGUGCGCCAGUGGGACGACCAUGUGACCAGAACCAUUCUAGUCAUCUUCGUGUUCAUGGUGUUAUGCUGCGUGCCUCACUUGGUGGUGCACAUCAGACACCUCUACGACCGUCAUCCCGCUGCUUGGCUUCUACUCCAUCUGGUCUUUUGGCUGCAGUUUUGCAUCGAUCCGCUUGUGUAUGUUACUAUUAGUUGCCAGUACCGCGCUGCCUGUGCCGAGACUGCCCGGAGGCUGAUGCAGUGCCUUGGACUGUCGAGCAGGGAGGAAACCACUGAACGCUCAGUUUGCUUCAAGGAACGAGUAAGCCCCACACAAAUUAUUCAUCUAGACAGAAUGGACACAUCCCUACACCCUAAAGUGUAGUGCCCAAUUGAUUAGUGAUAAUACCGGCGCUCCUCAACAGUUACUGUCGCAUCGUACCGACAGUAAAUCAAAAACAUUAUUGUCAACAAAGUAAACAACGGAACAGUUCAUUGUAACAAAACAAAGAGUUGAGUAAAAUAAUAAAACCGAGGAAAACCACCAUAAAAUAUAAGAAUGAAUUAAGGAGAGUUGGCUGUCCUCGGAGAGAACACACCUUCCUUGCCACUUGCACCACACAGUGAUACUUCCCUUAUUGACAAAACAAGGUAGCUAGUCUAAGCUCCUACGCAUUCAUUGAAAAAUUGUUCUCCCUUGCACAGUGGAACACUCCCAUUAACAAGCAUCGUGCUGAGGAAUAUCAUGCACCUAUGAAAACAUUACCUGGUUCUUCUGCACAUGAGAAAACUGAGCUCUUGAGUGCUUCUACUGCUGACACAAUACUGGGAUACAACGCCAUACAGGCCAAAUUGAUUACAUAUGAAUCAAUUGUUGAGUAAGUAUAAAGCUAUAAUUGGAGCGUGGUCUGAAUAGUUUUGCAACACACACACACACACACACACACACACACACACACACACACAC